AUGGAGCUCAGCAGGAACAAAACCAAACCCAGGCUGCACACAAAUCAUCUCUGCCCCGGCUGCAGGGCCGGCACAAGCCUGUGUGAGGCCCCGACAACAGGCCGACAAAUCCCUGAUCCUGCUGCACGCUCACGGGACGACCACCGCAAAAACAACAACAACAACUCGCCGAUUAUACAAAACACCACGCACAACUCUGAGUCCGCACACAAAGACUUAACAAACAGAGAAAAAAACACACAAAGUUUCAGACACGAACGAAAAGCCUCCGAGAUUUUUCACCGUUCAAAGAAGUUCAAGGAAGAAAGACGAGAAACAACGAGUCAGAGGAAAAAGUUCAAAAAAGACUGA